AUGGACAACCAGACAUUCAAAUACACCGUACUCUUAAUGGAGGGACUGAAAAUAGCACCUCAGUACAACCAUCUUGCAUUUAUCUUUCUCAUGAUUGCUUACAUAUUUAUAACAGUAUUUAACAUUGGGAUUUUGGUUCAGAUCUUGGCAGAUAAAAGUUUACAUGAGCCCAUGCACAUUCUGUUUUGCAAUUUACCAAUAAAUGAUGUGAUGGGGGCAACUGUUCUUGUGCCACUCUUGCUGAAGGAUAUUUUAACAGAUCCCUCUAUGCGCUACAUCACUUAUGUGGAGUGUGUUUUUCAAGCUUUUUUUACACAUUUGUAUGGAACAGCAGCUCACACUAUUCUAAUGAUUAGUCUGUCUAUACGUCUGUCUCACUGCAGAUCUGUGAUUCAAAACCACUAUUGUGAUAAUGCUUCAAUUUUUAAAUUGUCAUGUGAAAAUGUGGUGAUUAAUAAUGUGUAUGGAUUAACUUUCACUGUGGUUUUAUUCACCUCUUCAAUGGGGAGUGUGUUUAUAACAUAUUUUAGAAUAGCCAUGAUAUGCAUAAAGAGCAAAAACAAGGCAACAAACCGUAAAGCCAUAAAAACUUGCUCAACUCAUUUGACUGUUUAUUUAAUUAUGUUGAUCUCUGGAUUGAUAACAAUUACCCUUCAUCGUUUUUCAGAAAUCCCUGAAGGUAGAAAAAUAUCUGCUAUACUUUUUUUUGUCAUACCUUCAAGCUUGAAUCCUAUAAUAUAUGGUUUGCAAGCCAAAGAAAUAAGACAAAAGGUUUUUAAAUAUUUUACUAUUAAUAAUUCUAUGUGA